CUGAUCUAUGCAGCACGUCACCUCUGACCUAUCACGUUGGCCCUUCGUGGUUAAGAGGCAAGAUCCCAAGAUGCUGCCAAGGUCGGAACGUUCCGAUCGGAACCAGGAUGUCACCCCAAGCGCUCGGGACUCCACAAGGAAGUUCAAGCCUCCUGCAUGCGGUUUCACUUGUCCAUCCAAAGUUCUACCAUACAACAUGGCGAAGUUUUCGCUCGAGGACUUUGACAAACACAUCGAGAAUCUCCGCGCACAACUCCUGUUUCUCAAUGAGACGCUCGAUGCGACGGAUCACAAUGCCCCCGACUGGCUGGCUACGGACCUGAUCUCACUGCGAAAUAAGUCGGGAAGAUUGCAGGACGACAUGAAGAGAUUCAGAGAUCAGCUCGAGGACGAAGGUCUGGCGGAAAAGAAGAAAGUCAAGACCUCAAAUAAACGUCUUAGUAUCGAAGGCGCGAAACAUGCCUCUGACACGCCCACUGCGCAACCUCCAAAACCCAACACGCAAGCCAUAUCUCCUCUCGUGGAUCAGUCACCCACACCACGCGCAAAGCGAGCCAGAAUCGAAGACAACUACGUUGUUCAACAUGUCGAUGUCACCGAGGAAGUGAAUAGGCGAUUACAAGAGAGCCGUUUGCGACGCCUGAUGCAGACGCCGAGCACUGCACAGAAGCGGAAAUUCGAUGCAUACGAGGAUGGACCCAGGUCAGACGGGCCAGCCGGGACAGAUGAAGAAGGGCAAAGAGGUGGCGGUGAGUGUGAGAGAACCCCGACGAAGCGGCUCAGGAGUAGUGGGAUAUUUGAGCAGCUAGGAAAUACGCAAGAGGACGGACCAGGGAGGCAGAGUCCACGCUUUGAAGACAGAGUCGACGUGAAGAGGAGGAAGUUCCAACGAUAACCAGCGAGAAAUUUGCGCGUGUUCAUGAAGUCGGCUAUGCAUAAUCGGGGCGAAACAGGGAAAACGGCGUAACUGGCAUUGGGGGUCGAGAACAGCAUAUCGAUAGGCGCAUUUGAAUCAUGAGCAGUUUAAACCGAGUAAUCCUAUGUUCUGAGUACUGCUAGCAUAGCUUCAAGAUCUCUCCGCAGCACCUCCGCUCCGAAAGGGAAGCUGCAGCCGAGGCGGGAGCUAACUGCCGUCUUUGCAU